UUCGCAUGAGAGCUCAUUAACGUUUCGCUUGGCUAAGUGCGCGCCUCGUCAUUUAAACCAGUUGGUAAAAAUUUUUGUUUGAAACUAAGACCGAUAGUUACGUCAAAUUAUUUGAUUAUUUCAAAUUCAAAAUAUUCUCAACUUAAAAAAUUAGGUCACCAUCCGUGGCGCUGCCGCCGGAGCUGCGGUCCGUAUUAUUGACGGAUAAUAUAGAGAGCAUUAUGUGAUUUAAUAACUAUGACACAUUAGUUGCAACACUCGGGCUAAUCGGGCGAAUCCAUAACCAAACGUCAAAAGUGAAAACAAACGGGAAACCCAGUAAAGUGAGGACAUUUUUAAAAUCUAUAAGACAGAAUAAAAGAAUUUACAAAAUAAAGUAAUAGUCCAGUUCUUGAUUUUUAUGUGAAGCUAAAAUAUUCCUUAAAAGCUAACAACGAAAUCUUCUAACAGAAUGACAAUGGCAAUAAUAUUGCUUGCAUUAUACCAAUUUUAAACAAUUAAAAAUACAUUUUUAAACACGCAAAAUACCAUCGAAGUACCCGAAGUCACAUUAACUUAUUAAUCAUGAUGCUAACAACUGAACAUAUAAUGCAUGGACAUCCACAUUCAUCGGUCGGCCAGAGUACUCUAUUUGGGUGCUCCACGGCGGGUCAUAGUGGAAUAAAUCAACUAGGCGGCGUUUAUGUGAAUGGCCGACCACUGCCUGAUUCAACGCGCCAAAAAAUAGUCGAGUUGGCUCAUUCGGGCGCCCGUCCUUGUGAUAUUUCGAGAAUUCUGCAAGUUUCCAACGGAUGCGUAAGCAAAAUUCUAGGCAGAUAUUAUGAAACGGGAUCAAUAAAGCCUCGCGCGAUUGGUGGUUCAAAGCCGCGAGUAGCUACAACCCCGGUCGUACAAAAAAUUGCUGAUUAUAAACGGGAAUGUCCCAGCAUAUUUGCGUGGGAAAUACGGGAUAGAUUGCUUUCCGAACAAGUUUGCAAUAGUGAUAACAUUCCAAGUGUUUCAUCAAUUAACCGAGUUUUGCGUAACCUGGCCUCACAGAAGGAGCAGCAAGCGCAGCAACAAAACGAAUCUGUAUACGAAAAGCUUCGCAUGUUCAAUGGGCAAACAGGCGGGUGGGCCUGGUAUCCGAGCAAUACAACGACUGCACAUUUGGCCCUACCGCCAACAACUUCGGUUGUCUCAGCUCCAACAAAUUUAUCAGGACAUGUGAAUCGAGACGAUGUUCAAAAAAGAGAUUUACAAUAUUCAGCAGACGUUUCACAUCCAAACUCUCACGAUAGUACAUCGGAUGGCAACUCUGAACAUAAUUCAUCUGGCGACGAAGACUCACAAAUGCGUUUGCGCCUGAAAAGGAAAUUGCAGAGGAAUCGGACUUCAUUUUCUAAUGAGCAAAUUGACAGUCUUGAAAAAGAAUUUGAACGAACACACUAUCCGGAUGUUUUUGCGCGAGAAAGACUUGCAGAUAAAAUUGGUUUGCCAGAGGCACGUAUUCAGGUAUGGUUCUCAAACAGAAGAGCUAAAUGGCGACGGGAAGAAAAAAUGCGAACUCAGAGACGGUCUGCCGAUAAUGUCGUGGAAGGCAGCGUUCGACCCAGCACAGCAAAUAAUCCAUCAGGAACAGCUGCACCUUCCUCCGUCACAACGUCCAAUAACUCGACACCAGGCAUUUCUAGCUCAGCUAUCAACGUGUCGGAUAGAGCAUCAUCGGUUCUAAUUAGCAGUAGCUUACCCGAUGCCCCAAAUGUACCAACUGUUCUGGGCGGAGACGCUAAUGCUGCGCAAUCAAACUCUGAAAGUCCACCACUUCAGGCAGUUGCACCGCGACUACCAUUAAACACCGGUUUCAACACCAUGUACUCGUCUAUCCCGCAGCCUAUAGCAACAAUGGCUGAAAAUUACAACUCAUCAUUAGGGUCGAUGACACCGUCAUGUCUACAGCAACGAGACACCUACCCUUACAUGUUUCACGAUCCCUUGUCACUAGGAUCUCCCUACGUACCACCUCACCACCGUAAUUCAGCUUGCAAUCCUGCAGCAGCGCACCAACAGCCACCACAGCAUGGUGUUUAUACCAAUAGUUCCCCCAUGGCAUCGUCAAACACAGGUGUUAUUUCUGCAGGCGUCUCGGUGCCUGUUCAGAUUUCAACGCAAAAUGUAUCUGACCUUACAGGAAGUAAUUACUGGCCACGACUUCAGUGAUCGUCAAUCUUCAAUUUUCCAUCAGAUCUUCUAUCAAAGGCUACAGCCGUUGCAGUCGCUGCUGCUCAUGCAGCUGAAGAAAAAAAUCAACAGAAAAAAUCGCAGUUAGUUGAUAAGAUGCAAACUACAAAUAGCCAAAAUAACCCACCUAGUUUGAAUAGUCAGACAUUGUGCUGUUCAUCAAAAUAUUUAAACUUAAAUGUAGGGCGGGGAAGGAUGUAAGUGUUGUCCCAGCGAAUGCUGCGAAGGUGUUAUAGUUCCCAUGUCACACCGUAUUGAAGGAGAAUUGGAAUCAUUUUAAGGUCCAAAAACAAUCUAUCAUCGAGGCUUACAAAUAAGUUAACAAGGAAAGAAGUCAAAACUCACUUUUUUGUAGUUUAAAAUAAAAAAAGAUCGAAGUUUAUUUUAAAUAAAAUUUAUUUGAGUCGAUUUGAUCUUAAUAAUUUGCCAAUUCCGCAUCUGCUGAGUUCUGCAAUAAUUGUGUUUUAUUUCUGAGAUAACAAGCAAAGAACGAUAUAACUUGUGUUUUUAAACAUUUAUAUAAAAAGUUUACCUAACCUAAAAACCUAUCUAAAAUAUUGCAAUUUAAAUUAAAAUGAUUUUUAUUAAAUUUAUACAACAGUUGUUUGAUUAUUAUUCUUCGUAGUUACAAUUUCAAAGAAUUCGGACAAGUAUGACUAGAUCGACUAUGCUUAUGUUCCUUAUCAAUGUGGAAAAUAGUCCAAAAAAUAUUCAAGUGCACGUUUUUACCCAGGUCAAUUCCUAGAAGCAUAUGGAGAUCAUAUAAUGAGAAUAAUCUAAAGCUUUCUAAACAAUAUGUCAAAAAAUAAUAGAAGCGGUUACGGACAAUCUUAUAUAUAAAUUUAUUUAUUUUUAAAUAGUUUCAGUUAUGUUUAGUUUAUAUAUACAAUUCAAUUAAACUUGAUCCGUAAAAAUAUACUAUUUAAAAUGUAUAAACAUAAAAAAUUUUGAAGUAUAAGUACAAAUAUAGCUUUUUACCUUAUAACGAAACUUUUUACAAAAAUCAUAUAUUAUUUGACAAGAAUCUUCUUCGGUAUGCCGAUGUUUUUAUACUCUUGCAGUUGUUAAAAAAAUGAUCUUGUCAAUAUACUUUUAAUAUUUUUGAAGUAUGAAAUGAACCAUUAAGUUAUCCAGAAGAGUCCCUGCUUAUCUAAUAGAGAAUAAACUUACUUAAGUAAUACAUUCUUACCUAAAUUUAUAUCCUGCAAGUGUGUAAAAAAUUGCACAUAACGAAUUCAAAUUACAAAUGCAUGCACUUAAAUCUAUUUACCUACAUUGGACAUAUAUUUGACACAAUAUAUUAGCUAUUAAGCAAUGUUUCCAGUUUUAUCGCAUUUCUUUAUGGAAAUUCGUAUAGCUAAAUUACUUUGAAAAUAAAAAGGAAAUUACUCAACGUUACGAUUUUCAGUAAAUGAUUAAGAACAUAUAAUAGUCAUGGUCGUCAUGUAAAUUUCAAUAUUUUUUAAAAAUGUAUUAUUUAAAUAUAACAUAAAAUCGAAGAGAAGUGCAACGAACUUGAUUCCAAUUAAGGAUAUACGCGAACAUCUCAUCCUCAUAAACAAACCUCCCCGAAAAAGCCUUCAGGUUUUUAUAAGAAAAGUCGAAUAUAGAUUACGUAUGGUUCAAAUUUAAAUGUAGAAAAAAUUAAUGUAACAUUAACGAUUAUACAAAUACUGAUACUGAUACUCUUAAAAAUGUUUAAUAAAAUCGUACAUCAAUGUA